CAGCCAUGUCCCCCCGCUGAGUGCCUUUAGCCUCCUGCACUGGUGCCAUGACCAGCCUGAAGAGUCCACCGAUGGAGCGCCCCGCCGGGGGCUCAGUCCCCCCCCCAGCCGCCGCCGCCGCCGGCGAGUUCUUCGGCCGCCACCUCCGUAUGGCCAACGGAGGGGCCGCGCCCGGCCGCGCCGACGCCGGCGUGCCCAAAAUGGGCGUGCGGGCUCGGGUGGCCGAGUGGCCCCCGAGGAAGGACCCCGCGGGGGUCUUGUGGCACUGCCCCGCGGAGCCCGAGGCCUCUGCUGCUGCUGCGGCCCCCGCCGGCAAGAGCCACAUCAAGUUGGGCUCCGCGAUGAACCCCCAGGACUCGGCGAUGCUGCGCAACAUCCACAACACCUUGAGGAACCGGACCCAGGCCCACGCCAACAACUACAGCGGCGACACCCGGCGCCUGGCCCCGGGGGACCGCCGGGGCCCCCCCGCGAAACACAGGAACCCGCGACAGAGACGCGGGCGCCAGCGCAGCAACAGCGACAUGACCGUCGGCGAGAUGGAAGGCAGCGGCGGCGGCGGCGACGACGACAGCGGGGACGACUGGGCGGCGGCGGCGGCGGCGUUGGGGGCCAAGUGGUCGCCGCUCCAUCGCGAGUACGGCAGCACCUCGUCGAUAGAUCAGCACGCGGCGGCCGGGGAGAGCUUCUUUGAGAUGCUCCGGGCCUACCAGGGGGAGCAGGUGGACCAGCGCAGCCCCGCGCCGCAGACGCUGGAGGACGUGCUGGCUGCCGGGCCGAAGCAGGCCAGCGCCGACCCGCAGGGGGGCGGCGAGGAGGAGGAGGAGGAGGACGCCGUCGAUGGUCCGACUCCCAAAGCCAGGGAUAAGCCCCCAAAGAGGAGAACUAAGUCAGAGACGGGGGGGGAGUCGAUAUUCCGGAAGCUUCGGAGCGCGCGGGGCGAGUUCGACUCCCCCAGGGCCGGCUCCGACGUGGAGGACGGCCGGGCGGAGGACCCGGCCCCCCCCCCCAAGCCCUGGGCGUGUCACAAGAGCUUCGCCCACUACGACGUCCAGAGCAUGCUGUUUGACCUCGGCGGCGUCGCCCGGCUGCGGCGGAUCGCGGGCAAGCGGAAGAACACCACCACGGGGGCGUCGGCCGCCGCCGCCGUCUCGGCCACCUCCACGCUCUCGUCCACGCACAGCCUGCCUUACAGCUCCCCCGGGGGCAGCCGGGAGGACCUCGGCCCCGGGACGGACGCCGGCGGGCUGGACGCCGGCGGGCUGGACGCCGGGGACGAACGGAGCAACGAGAUGCUGCUCUGCUGCCCCUGCUUCCGCAACGAGAUCGGCGCCGACGGCAACGGGAGGCGGCGGCCGCUGGCGCCGCACGAAGGCAGCCUGUACGAGACCUCGGCGAGCGCGCACUGCACCAACGCCGGGGUGGCGGUGCUGGAGGGGCCGAAGGAAGGGCCCAGCACGCUCAGCGAAAGGGGCAAGCAGUACAUCGUGGAGCACGUGGACCUGGGAGCCUACUACUACAGGAAGUUCUUCUACCUGAGGGAGCACUGGAACUACUUUGGGAUGGACGAGGCGCUGGGGCCGGUGGCGGUGAGCUUGCGCCGGGAGAAGCUGGAGGAUGAAAAGGAGCACGGCCAGCAGUACAACUACCGACUCAUCUUCAGAACCAGCGAGCUGACCACUCUCCGAGGUUCUGUCCUGGAGGACGCGGUGCCUUCCGCCUCCAAGCACGGCACCACGCGGGGGCUCCCCGUCAAGGACGUCCUGGAGUGCGUCCUGCCCGAGCUGGAUCUGUCCUGCCUGAGGCUGGCCCUCAACACGCCCAAAGUCACCGAGCAGCUGAUGAAACUGGACGAACAAGGGCUGAGUUUCCAGGUGAAGGUGGGGGUGAUGUACUGCCGAGCGGGCCAGAGCACAGAGGAGGAGAUGUACAACAACGAGAUGGCCGGCCCCGCCCUGGACGAGUUCCUACAGCUGCUGGGGGAGAAGGUUCGCCUCAAGGGCUUCACCAAGUACAGAGCCCAGCUGGAUAGCAAAACGGAUUCCACGGGCACUCACUCUCUGUACACGACUUACAAGGACUACGAGAUCAUGUUCCACGUGUCGACUCUGCUGCCUCACACGCCCAACAACAAACAACAGCUGCUGAGGAAGCGCCACAUAGGGAACGACAUCGUGACCAUCGUGUUCCAGGAGCCCGGCGCCCACCCUUUCACCCCCAAGACCAUCCGCUCUCACUUUCAGCACGUCUUCAUCGUCGUGAGGGUGCACGACCCGUGCUCUGACAACACAUGCUACAGUGUGGCGGUGACCCGUUCCCAGGACGUCCCGUCCUUCGGACCCCCGAUCCCCAAGGGCGUGACCUUCCCCAAGUCCACGGUCUUCAGGGACUUCCUGCUGGGCAAAGUCAUCAACGCCGAGAACGCCGCCCACAAGUCCGACAAGUUCGGCGCCAUGGCGACGCGCACCCGGCAGGAGUACCUCCGGGACUUGGCCGAGCGUCACGUGACCAGCACGCCGGUGGAACCCGCCGGGAAGUUCCCCUUCAUCUCCCUGGCGCACAAGCGGCGGGAGAGGGUGCGUCCGUACAGCGGGGCCGAGCUGCGCAGCCUGGGGGCCGUGACCUGGCAGGUGCACGCCGAGGACCAGGUGGCCGGCGCCGAGCGCCAGUGCCUGUUGGCCGUCUCCAACGACUUCGUCGUCCUGUUGGACCAGGAGGCCAAAGCGGUCGUGUUCAACUGCGCCACGCGGGACGUGAUCGGCUGGUCGACGGGGAGCCCCGCCUCCAUGAAGGUGUACUACGAGCGCGGCGAGAGCGUGUCGCUGCGCUCCAUCAACAACAACACGGAGGACUUCGGAGAGGUGGUCAAGAGGCUGGAGCUGUUGACCAAGGGCAGUCAGACCACGGAGAUGACCCUGCGCCGCAACGCCCUGGGCCAGCUGGGCUUCCACGUCAACUUCGAGGGCAUCGUGGCGGAGGUGGAGCCCUACGGCCACGCCUGGCACGCCGGGCUGCGGCAGGGCAGCCGGCUGGUGGAGAUCUGCAAGGUAUCGGUGGCCUCGCUGUCUCACGAGCAGAUGAUCGACCUCCUCCGGACCUCCGUCACCGUGAAGGUGGUCAUCAUCCCCCCCCACGAGGACUCCACGCCGCGCAGAGGCUGCUCAGAAAUCUACCACAUGCCGCUGGUGGACUACAAGAACCACAAGGAGGGGAUGCCCUACGAGCUCAAGUUCCCCUUCCGCCCCUCCGCCGCCGCCGGCAACAACAACAACGCCACCAGCGCCGCCAAGUGGCCGCGCACGUCGUCCAGCCCCCAGACGCGCGCCGCCGGGGCGGGAACGCUGAUCAGGGCCCCGCCGUCCGACUUCAGCGCCGCCGCCAUCCCCCGCAGCGUGUCCAGCGACGGUCGACCCCUGCACCCCAAAAGGUACUCCCCGGGGAACGACAACUACGCCCUUGCCUGCUCCAUCGCGAUGGGCCGCACCAUGCACAGCGCGAACCCCCCCGCCGCCGCCGCCCCCUACGCCGACGCCGUGAGCUCUCACCAGUGGAGGCAGAAGUCCAUGCCCGACGGGUUUAAUAACAACAGCUGCCAAUCCCCGGUGGCAUCUGUGCGGCAGCUGGCAGGCGAGGGGCACAACGGGAACAAAGCCAGCUCCGGUGUCGGAUGGUCCCGGACUGGGGAGAGGGACAAAGCCAGCGCAGAUGCCAAAGGCGGGAUUCCUAGACUGCAGCCAGCGGAACACGGCAGUCACCCGUCUCCGAACAAAAGCCCCAAGACGGACGCUCCGUAUUCCUCCAGCCAGUCCAGCAGCAACACCCUCUCCAGCAACGCCUCCAGCUCGGCGCACAGCGACGACAAGUGGUACGAGGUGGGCUCCCGCUCGGGGCCGCGCGGCGACCUGGAUCUCAACGGCUACCUGCAGGGCGCCUCGGCCGACAGCGGCAUCGACGCCGCCUCCUUCACCGCCACGCAGAGCAGCACGGCGUCCUCCUCCUCCGCAGGCCGAGACCGGAGCCGCGGGCGGGAGGGCCACGCGGCCGCCGCCCCCGCGCCGGACUCCCUCGCCGCCGCCGCUGCCGCCGCCCCCGGAGGCGGGGAGGUGCCGGCGACGAGCCCGUCGGCCUUCCCGCUGCUGCCCGAUGGUGCCCCCUACAGUCAGAGUGACGCCGCCUCCCACUGCAGCACACUCGGCUCAGGGUCUCCCAUGGACCAGGGGCAGGACGAGGGAGCCGCCUCCCCCACGUCGCCGGGCAGCAAGAGCUUCUACCCCCGUCAGGGAGCCACCUCCAAGUACCUGAUCGGGUGGAGGAAACCCGGAGGGACCGUCAACUCCGUGGACUUCGGCAGCACUCGCAAGCGGCACCAGAGCGACGGCCUGCUGGGCGGUCAGCCGCAGCUCAGGGCCAACCUCCGGGGCUCCCAGUCGCCCCAGCGCCACACCGCCAAGUCCAGCCUGGAGGAAGACUUGAAGAAGCUCAUCACCCUCGACAGCCCUCCACCUACCACCAGUGAGGAGAAGCCGCUGUUUCCGGGUCCGCCGCCGACCCGCCGCUCCCUCCAGAGGACCCUGUCGGACGAGAGCGUCUACAGCGGGCAGCGGGACACGCCCACCGACCUCCUGUUCAGCUGCGCCACCGUGCCGCGCUCGCCCACCGCUCGCCACGGGCCGGGCCGCCGCGCGUCGCACAAGUCCCUGGGAGACCUGUCGGCCCCAGAGAGCUCGGAGCUGGAGAGGAAGAGGCAGCAGCCGCAGGACGCCGUCCUCAUGCCCCUCCCCGACCCCGGGGCAGACGGCCCGCUGGACUGGGCCCACCUGGUGGACGCCGCCAAGGCCUUUGAGGAGCAGAGGCUGGUCUUCCUCGCGGCCCAAGAGGAGAGCUCCGCGGCCGGGGGCGCGGCGGCCAGCAGUCCGCAGCAGGCCGAGCCUCAGGCGGCCCCCCUGAGGCAGCCCUCGCCCGGAGAGACUCCCGCCUGCCUGAUGGGGAAGGUCGGCCAGCUCGAGUCCAUGGUCAAAGUGCUGCAGGAAGACCUAAAGAAAGAGAAGGACGCCAAGACGUCGCUGCAGGCUCAGAUCCAGAGCCUCCGGGAGGACAACCAGCGCCUCCUGGAGGAGUCGUACAGCGCCUCCGCCAAGCUCAAGAAGUUCACCGAGUGGGUCUUUAACACCAUCGACAUGAACUGACGCCUGGAGCGCUACUCUCACGCACACGCACACACACACGCACACGCACACACACACACACACACACACAGAGUUACUUCUAAAACCAGUGCCAACGUGGACCGACACGUCAUCCGUCUUCAGCCUUGUGGAUCUUUGGAAGGGUCACCGUGCGACUGUGUGUGUGUGUGUGUGUGUGUGUGUGUGUGUGUGU